ACAUUUAAAAGUUCAAAUCUCCUACUGGUUCAGCACUUACCUAUUCAGAAGUUGCCAAAGAGACCCUCAAUCUCUCCAUAAACUCAUCAUCAGUUUUUGAAAGUUCGGUUGAAGUAACCAAACACGCCCUUACUUUUCCCGCCAAAGCAAUUCAUUAAACCAUCCAUUUCCCGCCAAUUGCAAACCCUAGAAUUGAACAAUCGAAGGGGGAACGUUUCUUCUCCGCAGAAGAGAGAGAACAAAGCGCAGAUUCAACUCCGUCUUGACUGGCUCAGAUUCCACAUCUAGUGCAGAAAAGAACAUAGGUCAAAGGAUCAGAUGGAUUUGAGCGAUGACAUCAGGGCUGCGCACAAGCGAACUUUUCUCAAGUUCUUUGAAGAUCAGAAUCUGGUCACCCAACUCAAACUUCAAUUCGAAGACAUGGUCAACAGUUCACGACGUCGCUUCAUCAUCAAUCUCAAUGAUUUCUACCAUAAUACAGAAGGCUCUAAUCUGGCUCGCAGGCUUCUUCAGAAUCCGAGUGAAUAUGUGCAACCACUAUGUGAUGCAUUAACAGAUUUGUUUCGCGUGCACUACCCCAAACACUUAAAGGAAGGAGAGCAAGUGCUCGUUGGAUUCAAAGGCCCCUUUGUUUCAAGAAAAGUGACACCAAGGGAGCUCCUAUCCAGUUUCAUUGGCUCUAUGGUUUGUGUCCAGGGCAUCGUUACAAAAUGCUCUCUUGUGAGGCCAAAGGUUGUAAAGAGUGUUCACUUCUGCCCUGAUACCAACAAAUUCAUGACCCGGGAUUAUAGAGAUAUUACAUCCAACGUGGGAUUGCCAACAGGCUCUGUCUAUCCAACACGGGAUGAGAGUGGCAAUUUGCUAGUUACUGAGUAUGGUCUUUGUACAUACAAAGAUCACCAAACAUUGUCAAUUCAAGAGGUGCCUGAGAAGGCCUCUCCUGGUCAACUCCCUCGAACUGUAGAUGUCAUUGUUGAGGAAGACCUUGUUGAUUCAUGCAAGCCUGGAGACCGUGUGGCUGUUGUUGGGAUAUACAAGGCAGUUCCUGGAAAAAGCAAAGGAAGUGUGAAUGGAGUAUUUAGGACUAUUCUCAUAGCUAACAAUGUCUCUCUUCUCAACAAGUCAGCCCAUGCACAAAACUUGACAUCACGAAUCAUAAAACAAAUUGAAACAAUUUCUGCAAGGGAUGAUGUAUUUGAGCUUCUUGCAAAUUCACUUGCCCCUUCUAUUUAUGGGCAUCUGUGGAUAAAGAAAGCAGUGAUUCUAUUAAUGCUCGGUGGGGUUGAAAAGAACUUGAAAAAUGGAACUCAUUUACGAGGUGACAUAAAUAUGAUGAUGGUUGGUGAUCCUUCUGUUGCAAAGUCUCAACUGCUAAGAGCAAUUAUGAAUAUUGCCCCUUUGGCAAUAUCAACAACUGGCCGGGGUUCCUCUGGAGUGGGUUUGACAGCUGCUGUUACUUCUGAUCAGGAAACAGGAGAAAGAAGACUAGAGGCUGGUGCCAUGGUUCUUGCUGAUAGAGGUGUUGUUUGUAUUGAUGAGUUUGAUAAGAUGAAUGACCAGGAUCGCGUGGCUAUACAUGAGGUUAUGGAGCAGCAGACAGUAACAAUUGCUAAAGCUGGAAUACAUGCAUCUUUGAAUGCUCGGUGCAGUGUAGUUGCUGCUGCAAAUCCUAUAUAUGGAUCUUAUGAUCGCUCAAUAACUCCAACAAAGAAUAUUGGACUUCCAGACUCUUUACUAUCACGUUUUGAUUUGCUAUUUAUUGUUCUGGAUCAAAUGGAUCCAGGAAUUGACCGCCAAAUCUCUGGGCAUGUUUUACGUAUGCAUCGGUAUAGAUCAGCAACAGAUGAAGGUGGCGCAAAAGAGGAGAAGUCAAUGUAUGAAGAAGAAAAUGAAGAUGAUAAUAAUUUCACUGUAUAUGUCAAAUAUAACCGCAUGCUACAUGGAGCAAAUAAGGGGCGAGGUGACAAGAGAGACACCCUCACCAUCACGUUUCUCAAGAAAUAUAUUCGUUAUGCGAAGGAGAGAAUUCAACCUGGUCUGACUGAUGAGGCAUCUGAACACAUUGCAACUACGUAUGCAGAACUCAGAAAUGCCAGUGCAAAUGCUAAGACUGGAGGAGGAACACUUCCGAUUACUGCUAGAACAUUAGAAACAAUAAUACGGCUAUCAACAGCCCAUGCCAAGCUGAAGUUGAGAAGACAGGUCCUGAAAUCCGAUGUAGAAGUUGCUCUCCAAGUUCUAAACUUUGCAAUAUAUCAUCAAGAGCUGACAGAAAUGGAGGAGCGUGAGAAAGAAAGAGAGAUUGAGAUGGAGAGGAAACGUAGAGCUGAACGUAAUGAUGGUGACAAUAACAAUGAAACUGGUAACACUACUGCUAAUGUGGAUGGAACUGGGAAUGACAGAAGUAAAAAGAAAAAGAGUAAUAAUGAUGGCAGUAGCUCUGCUACAAGAACGGAUGAAUGCGAUGCCAUGGCAGUAGAUGACCCUCCUUCAUCUGAGCCUAGCAUAUCCACAGAGAGAUUCGAAGCAUUUAGGUCAGCCCUUGGAAGGCACAUGCUCGUACAUCACAUCGUGGGACAAAUGUCAGUUGCUGAUAUCAGUGGUGCUGUAAACAAUGAAGCUGUUCCACCUUAUUCUAGCACAGAAAUUAUGUCUUUUUUAAAGAUAAUGCAGGAAAAAGGAAAAUUGAUGAUAAACAGUGUGACAAACACCGAUGCAGAUAUCGUCUACUUCACGUAACGUGUAGUUUUAUAGUUUGAUCAGAGGACAUUUCCAGGUAAUGUGUUCUUCUUUAGGCUGUUUGCUUGUAUUAUGAAUUGUGUCUUGGAGUAUUGCUACAUUGUCCUUGACCUUUUUCAAGACAUGAUUUCACUCCCAAUGUAUAUUUAUUAUGGAGUAAAUGGGGAGUGUAAUUGUCACUCUCCAAAUUACUUGGGCAUUCCUCUUAAGUCUCACCUUUU